CUGUUGGCGGCGGCGUCCUAUCUCGCAGCGACAGCGACGCCUCGCCCAGCUGCAUCGACGCCGUUUCGCGUGCGGUUGCUUGCGCCCACGAGGAUGCGGGAUGGCGCCACGAACGAUCGUCUGGUGACAGCUCGUCCUCUGGAGCCGCACGAAUCCUUCGCAGCCCGACGCACGACCAGCUGCCGUAUUUGUGCUACCGCGCACGCCGGCAUUAUUGCAGACGCCUGGCGGUCCAGUGUGCCCGUCGCAGCCCUCCAUCGCGAGCAGAGCGAGCACGAUGUGGGUGUGCUCUGGAGGGCCGGGCUGUCGUGCAACGCGACGGAAGGGAGGCCCCGGCGCAUCAAUAGGACGUCUGAUAUCACGUUUUUAGCCGACGUCUGCUCCGGGUGCAAAGGACGCAGAUCCGGCCGCGCUGACGGCUCUCUCAGCAUUUGUGUUCCUGGGGCGGGGAACGGCGUCGCGGAGCAUUCAUUGGCAGCGCCCGCCUGGCACGCGCCGGCUGCUGCCACCACUGACGUCCAUGCAUGCCCAGGUGUCUCGCUCCAGCUUGCCGUUGCAGAGCCUUAUCAUCCCUCAACCUGGAACGCCCUGGUCUCAAUUUCACAUGGCUGAGCAGUCUCGGGGCCCGCGCGUCUUUUCGGGCAAAGCGCCUUGCUGCCGCCUACACGCUGCUCAACUGCUCUCCCGGUGAUUGGCCCCGGCCGCCCACAAUGCGGCCCAGCCGAAGCCAUGUACUUCAGCGCCUUGCCGCUUGCCACAGAACGAGCACUUCCGAAUGGCGAUGUGUUUCGUGCAACAAUAUAUGGGCCGGUGAUUCUGCCC